CUAUGGCCACCUUAACCAUUCUCAUAGUGCUCUCAGCAUGCUCUCUACCCACCUUAGCUUCACCACUCAAUAACAGAGAUUCAACAAAGGAGUUCAAUGCCCUCUCUCCUAUUCCAAGUUAUAUCACUGAGAGUAGCCCUAAGAAUGUUGUGAUGAACACAAUUGAUUCAUGUUGGAGAGCCAAAACAAAUUGGGCUUCUAAUCGCCAAUCCUUGGCGGAUUGUGCAAUUGGCUUUGGCAAAGAUGCCAUAGGAGGAAAGUUUGGUGAUGUAUAUGAAGUCACUGACCCUUCUGAUGACCCUGUAGACCCAAAACCUGGCACACUUCGUUAUGGUGCAAUCCAAACAGAACCCCUUUGGAUAACUUUCGGCAAGGACAUGGUUAUCACGCUGAAGAACGAGCUCAUGGUGAAUAGCUACAAGAGCAUUGAUGGGAGAGGAGCCAAAGUGGAGAUCGCAAACGGGGCUUGCAUUACGAUACAAGGUGUUAGCCAUGUGAUCAUACAUGGAAUUAGCAUUCAUGAUUGUAAACCUGGUGAUGGUGGCAUGGUUAGGAGCACCCCUGAACAUGUUGGGUAUCGUGAAGGCUCUGAUGGAGAUGCCAUUAGCAUAUUUGCCUCCUCCAAUGUUUGGAUUGACCAUUGCUUUUUGGCUCGUUGCACCGAUGGUCUCAUUGAUGUUAUUCAUGCCUCAACUGCAAUCACCAUCUCUAACAACUACUUCACCCACCACGACAAAGUGAUGCUGCUAGGGCACAGCGAUGAAUACAGCGCGGAUAAAGUGAUGAAAGUAACAGUAGCUUUUAACCACUUUGCCAGUGACUUAAUAGAAAGAAUGCCAAGGGUGAGAUUUGGUUAUGCUCAUGUGGUGAACAACCGUUAUGACGAGUGGGUGAUGUAUGCCAUCGGUGGCAGUGCCGACCCUACCAUUUUCAGUGAAUGCAACUAUUUUAUGGCUUCAGAUGAUUCUGCUGCAAAAGAGGUUACGAAGAGGGAAAGUAGUGAAAAGUGGAAUAAUUGGAAAUGGAGGAGUUAUGGAGAUGAAUUCUUAAAUGGUGCUUAUUUUGUGCCAUCUGGGUAUGGAAGUUGCAGCCCAUUGUAUUCAUCUGCUCAAACUUUCACAGCUACCGAGGCAUCCAUGGUGCCCUUGUUAACUCUCAAUGCAGGGCCACUCAACUGUGUUGUUGACAAAGCUUGUUAAUUUGGUGAAACGUUUUCACCUCUUCUCUUUAUUUCUUUUCAUAAAAAAAUUCCCAAAUGAUAUUUUUAUUACUAGAUUUCGGACAACUUUCUCUUAUAACAUGAACAUGAGGUGUCAUCUUUUAAAUGUUUUUGAAAUAUUGAGAAAAAGUAAAAAUAAAAACUCACUUGGAAGAUGACACCUAAAGUUGUUAGAGGAAGUUAUAAAAAUUUAGCUGUCAAAAAAUCAUUUUCCUUAGGGAUAGAAAAAUUAUGAGAAUAAAAAAAUGUGAGUGAUAAUAUCAUUAUAUUUUGUUUUAUGAUUUUAUCUCUGGAAGCCGCAAUUAUUUUCGAUCAUUAGUGUGAAAAUAUUGUUGCAAUCCUAGCAUGGUGCAUC